AGUUUAAAACCCGAUAAAAUCGGGUACCUAAAGUGAGAUCUAUUAGUAGCUUCAGAUUUCGGAAAUAGAAUCAUUACUCUCAUUUGUUGAGUAUCAUCAACUACACCGUUCACCGUUGUAGUCGCACCAAUUUCAACAUUCUUGUUCUCACUAUCUUGGAUUCAAUGGCUACAGUGAGAAGUCUGAAGAUUAAGACGAGUACAUGCAAACGACUUGUGAAGGAGCUGGGUUCUUAUGAAAAGGAAGUUCUCAGAGAAUCUGCCAAAACAGCUGAUAUGAAGGACAAGGGAGCUGACCCUUAUGAUAUCAAACAACAGGAAAAUGUGCUGGCUGAGUCUAGGAUGAUGAUUCCUGACUCCCGGAAGCGUCUUGAGGCUGCUUUGGAAGGCUUGAAAGGAACAUUGGCCGAGUUGUUGAAAGAGACAGAGGAAAAGGAAGGCCCUGAAAUUGAUGAUGCUCGAAACACCAUUGCAGAAGUUGAAAAUUUACUUGAAACACCAUAAGCUUAGCAGGGUUGUAUUACUAGUGUCUUCGGGAGGAGGAUAUUAUGGUUUUUGUGUAAUAAAAGGGUGCGAAACUUGUAACAUUUAAACCUUACGCACUUAAUGUUUUGGUGGAGUCUGGAAAUGUAAUAAUAUGACAUCGAUUUACUUUCUAAGCUUACUAUAUUUUUGUUUUUAAA